ACACACAAAAGCAGCAAUUGAUCCUUGUUCCUGGUACAAGUUGUUGCAAAUUGCUAUUUACAGGGAAACUUUUUAAAACCUGCGACCUCGGAAGUAGUAAUAUGUUUUCGAGUGUUCAUGAAGGCAUCAUAACAGCUCUCCCAACCUUGCUAGUUGCAGUUAGCACGUUGGCUAAUGCGGAUACAAUGCCUACAGACGACGUUAAAUUAUACGGAAAGUGACACCCGGUAAAACAAAGCUAAAGGAUUAUUGCCCUUUUGCUAUGUGAUUCCAGUUAACCCGCUCAAUCCAUGGCGGACUGUCCCGCUCAGCCGACCUUCUCAGCUAACGUCAAUGUUAGCUGCGCAACGGGCAGCGGUAGCUAAGCUGAUUUUAGCCAGCCAAAUUAGCUGUAUGCUAGUUUUCCAUCGCCUCAAAUGCUUCAAUGAAUGGGGGUUGUUGCACAGAGUGAAAACAUCAGUCAACAAUGUACGCUUGCUACUACUAGCCUCCUCCUACCAGCUUGGCUGGUAACGUUACUUAGCUACCAGGUGCUCGAGGAACUGGACGUAAGGACUAGACUUUAUUUGGGGAAGCCUGACUGACGAGAACGCGUGAUUACGUUAGCUAACGUUAAUGAACAUUACCAGCUUGCCACAGGACUUAGUCAACCGUGGAUAACUUGGUUGAAAUGCAUCACCACGAAGAAAUCAUGCACUACCCAGGUACAAUAGCAAUAGCAACGUUAGCUUGCGUAACAUAAUAUCGCAGCGGACACUGUAAAGCCGGAGUAUUUUUGUUUUGUGUUCACAAACUUAUUUUCUAAUUCUGUGAUCGUCCCUGGCCCAAGUCUUCACUGCAGAGUUGAUUAUUGUAAAGUUGUCGUCUGUGAGAAGGAAUGAUGGCGUUUCGGACUGACCCUGCCCUCCGUCCCAGGUAGGGGAGUGGUGGUGAAGACUCCCCGGCCUGGCUUGGCCCGCUGUUCACGGAUGAUGGGAAAACAUUGAUCAGCUCGGUUGUUUUAUUUAUGCAUUCACGUUCAAACCAGAUUAUGAUUCGCCAUCGCGACUGGGAUGCCCUGUCAUUGAAGCGAUUUGAUAUUUAGGAGAUUUGAAGGAUCAUGAUGGACACGGAGGAAGUUCCCCAAGACGAAAAUUAUUGGAAAUAAUCAUGGACUGUUGAGCUCAACUCGGUGCAUAUUAUUAUUUUUUUAAUCAAAUAUUAUUUUUAAAGACUGUUUAACUGGCACACCACACCAACAUGUCUGCAUUUGCUGAGUUCGUCCCCCCUCCUGAAUGCCCGGUUUUUGAACCGAGUUGGGAGGAUUUCUCGGAUCCUUUAGGAUUUAUCAACAAGAUCCGACCCAUUGCAGAGAAAACGGGCAUCUGCAAGAUCCGACCCCCCGAGGACUGGCAACCUCCGUUUGCCUGCGAUGUACGCAACUUCCGCUUCACUCCUCGAGUACAAAGACUGAAUGAACUUGAGGCACUCACUCGGGUUAAGCUCAACUUUCUGGAUCAAAUCGCAAAGUUCUGGGAGCUGCAGGGAUCCAAGAUCCGAUUCCCUCAUGUGGAGAGAAAGGUUUUGGACCUCUACCAGCUCAGCAAGAUUGUGUCGUCAGAGGGCGGCUUUGAGACGGUGUGUAAAGAGAAGAGGUGGUCCAAGGUUGCCAGCCGAAUGGGCUUCCCAUCCGGGAAAGGCACUGGCUCACUGCUGCGCUCCCACUAUGAGAGGAUCCUUUACCCAUAUGAACUCUUCCAGUCUGGGGCCACGCUGACUGGCAUCCAGCGGCUAUACGAUGAAGGAGAUGAUGCGGAAGAACUGGAUGAGGGAGUUGGUGAGGAGGCAGUAGAGGAAGAGGAGCAAGAUGAGGAGGAGGAUAAGGAGAAAGAUGGGGAGGGUGAUGCAUCGCAAACUAAAGACCAGCUUCUGCCUGAGAGACGCUCCAGGCGUCUUAAGUCUGAGAGGGAAAACAAGGAGCCAAAAGGCCUAAAGUUCUUUGGUACAAGCCCUAAGAUGGUCGGCUUGGAGAUUGUAUCAGCUGAUGAUGGAUUCAACAAGAAGCAGCGUCACCUCAAAGCCCAGGCCUUCGCCAUCAAAAUGAGACCACGCAAGGAGACCCUGGAGGUCAACUUUAUCCCCCAGAUCGACCUCUACCUCUGCCUGGUGUGUGGACGGGGCGAUGAGGAGGACCGGCUCCUGCUGUGUGACGGCUGUGACGACAGCUACCACACCUUCUGCCUGAUCCCACCUCUACAGGAUGUGCCCAAGGGGGACUGGCGCUGCCCUAAGUGUGUUGUUGAGGAGUGCAGUAAGCCCAGGGAGGCAUUUGGCUUCGAGCAGGCUGUGAGGGAGUACACUCUCCAGAGCUUUGGAGAAAUGGCUGACCACUUCAAGUCUGACUAUUUCAACAUGCCUGUCCAUAUGGUCCCCACAGAGUUGGUGGAGAAAGAGUUCUGGCGCUUGGUCAGCAGCAUCGAGGAGGAUGUCAUCGUAGAGUACGGAGCAGACAUCAGCUCCAAGGAGGUGGGCAGCGGAUUUCCUGUCAGGGACGGGAAAAGGAGGCUGCUGGGAGAUGAGGAGGAGUAUGCCAACUCAGGCUGGAACCUGAAUAACAUGCCAGUCUUGGAGCAGUCGGUGCUCACCCAUAUCAAUGUGGACAUCUCCGGUAUGAAGGUGCCCUGGCUCUAUGUGGGCAUGUGUUUCUCCUCAUUCUGCUGGCACAUCGAGGACCACUGGAGUUACUCCAUCAACUUCCUGCACUGGGGAGAGCCGAAGACAUGGUAUGGAGUACCGGCCUCUGCAGCAGAGCAGCUGGAGGCUGUAAUGAAAAAGUUGGCUCCAGAGUUGUUUGACUCCCAACCUGACCUCCUCCAUCAACUGGUCACCAUCAUGAAUCCCAAUGUCCUCAUGGAGCACGGUGUGCCUGUGUACAGGACCAAUCAGUGUGCAGGGGAGUUUGUGGUGACUUUCCCCAGGGCCUACCACAGUGGCUUCAACCAGGGCUACAACUUCGCAGAGGCCGUUAACUUCUGCACCGCUGACUGGUUACCGAUGGGUCGUCAGUGUGUGGCCCAUUACCGACGCCUCCACCGCUACUGCGUCUUCUCCCACGAGGAGCUGCUGUGCAAGAUGGCUGCUGAUCCAGAAAGUCUUGACGUGGAACUGGCUGCUGCCGUCUUUAAGGAAAUGGGAGACAUGAUGGAGGAGGAGACAAAACUCAGACAGGCUGUCCAAGAAAUAGGGGUGCUGUCGUCAGAGCAGGAGGUUUUUGAACUUUUACCUGACGACGAGCGCCAGUGUCAUAAGUGUAAGACAACCUGUUUCUUGUCUGCACUGACGUGUUCCUGCAGCCCUGAUCGGUUGGUCUGUCUCAACCAUGCAGCAGAUCUCUGCGACUGUCCGCUUGGAAACAAGUGUCUUCGGUAUCGCUAUGAUCUGGAGGAGUUUCCGUCCAUGCUGUAUGGGGUCAAGACACGGGCUCAGUCUUAUGACACCUGGUCAAAGAGGGUCACUGAGGCCUUGGCUGCUGACCAGAAAAACAAGAAAGAUCUUAUUGAGCUCAAGGUUUUGCUGGAGGAUGCAGAGGACAGGAAGUAUCCUGAGAAAGCUUUGUUCCGUCGCCUGAGGGAGAUGGUGAAAGAGGCGGAGACAUGCUCCUCUGUAGCUCAGCUGCUGCUGAGCCGCAAACAGAGGCACAGCCGUCUGCGUUCUGAGAGCAGUCGUAACCGCACCAAACUGACAGUGGAUGAGCUCAAGGCCUUCGUGGAUCAGCUCUACAGGCUGCCCUGCAUCAUCAGCCAGGCCCGACAGGUCAAAGAGUUACUGGAGAAUGUGGAGGACUUCCACGAGCGAGCCCAGGUGGCACUGUCAGACGAGUUGCCUGAUUCCUCCAAGCUGCAAGCACUAUUAGACCUAGGUAGCGGCCUGGACGUAGAGCUGCCAGAGCUGCCCCGACUGAAACAGGAGCUCCAGCAGGCCCGCUGGCUCGAUGAGGUGCGUGUCACCCUGGCCGAGCCUCAUCGCGUCACCUUGGAGCUGAUGAAGAGGCUGAUAGACUCUGGGGUGGGCCUGGCUCCCCACCAUGCUGUGGAGAAGGCCAUGGCCGAGCUGCAAGAGAUCCUCACUGUCUCAGAGAAAUGGGAGGAUAAGGCCCGUGCCUGCCUGCAGGCCAGGCCUCGACACAGCAUGGUGACUUUGGAGAGCAUUGUACUGGAAGCAAGGAACAUCCCAGCGUACCUACCUAAUAUUUUGGCCCUCCGAGAGGCACUACAGAAGGCCAAGGAGUGGACAGCUAAGGUGGAAGCCAUUCAGAGUGGCACCAGCUAUGCUUACCUGGAGCAGCUGGAGAGCCUGCUGGCCAGGGGUCGCUCCAUUCCCGUCCGGCUUGAUCCACUGGCCCAGGUGGAGUCUCAGGUGGCCGCAGCACGAGCCUGGAGGGAGAGGACCGCUCGCACCUUCCUCAAGAAGAACUCCACGUACACACUGCUCCAGGUCCUCAGCCCUCGUGCGGACAUCGGGGUCUACGGCAACAGCAAGAGCAAGAGGAAACGCGUCAAGGAACUCAUGGAGAAGGAGAGAGGAGGCUUUGACCCCGACGCCCUGAGCGACCUGGAGGAGAGCCUCGAAGAGGUUCGAGACCCCACCACCGUUGUAGCGGCCUUCAAAGCCAAAGAGCAGAAAGAAGUGGAGUCCAUCCACUCACUCCGUGCCGCCAAUUUGGCCAAAAUGGCCAUGGCCGACCGCAUCGAGGAGGUCAAGUUCUGCCUGUGUCGAAAGACGGCCAGCGGCUUCAUGUUGCAGUGCGAGCUUUGUAAGGACUGGUUCCACGGAGCGUGCGUGCCUCUGCCAAAGACGGGAUCUCAGAAGAAGUUGGGUGUGGGUUGGCAGAGCAAUAGCAAAGACUCCAAAUUCCUUUGUCCGCUGUGUCAGCGGUCGAGGAGGCCGAGAUUAGAGACCAUCCUGUCACUGUUGGUGUCGCUGCAGAAGCUGCCGGUGCGUCUGCCUGAAGGAGAAGCCCUCCAGUGUUUGACUGAGAGGGCGAUGAGCUGGCAGGACCGAGCACGUCGAUCUCUGGCCACGGAGGAGCUGUCCUCAGCCCUGGCAAAGCUUUCUGUGCUGAGCCAGCGCAUGGUGGAGCAGGCUGCUAGGGAGAAAACUGAGAAGAUCAUCAAUGCCGAGCUGCAGAAAGCUGCUGCCAACCCUGACUUGCAGGGCCACAUCCAGACUUUUCAGCAGUCAGGUUUCAGCAGAGCCACAUCACCCCGCCAGUGUGUGGACUACGAUGAUGAGGAGACAGACUCAGACGAGGACAUCAGGGAGACUUACGGUUAUGACAUGAAGGACCCGGGCGAGGUGAAGCCCUACCUGUUCUGUGAUGAGGAGAUUCCUGUUAAGUCUGAGGAGGUGGUCAGUCACAUGUGGCCGGCUGCCACGCCCUCCUUCUGCGCCGAACACGCCUACUCUUCAGCCUCGAAGUCCUGUGUGCAAAACGUGAGCACGCCCAGGAAGCAGCCUAGGAAGACCCCUCUGGUACCUCGCAGCCUGGAGCCGCCAGUGCUCGAGCUGUCCCCGCAGGCUAAGGCCCAGCUGGAGGAGCUGAUGAUGCUGGGAGACCUGCUGGAGGUGUCCCUGGAUGAGACCCAGCACAUCUGGAGGAUCCUGCAGGCCACGCACCCCCCCUCUGAGGAGAGAUUCCUGCAGGUCAUGGAGCCCGAUGACUCUCUGAUGGAGAAGCCCCUGAAGAUCAAGCUUAAAGAUUCAGAGAAGAAGAGGAAACGGAAGUUAGAAAGAGCCGAGCACCACCACAUGCUGAUGGCUGUCGCCGGUGGGGCUUCAGCAAUGGGCGACAUGCGACCGGCCAAGUCCAAAGAGCUGAAAAGGGUGGGUCUGGAACUGGGUCUUGGGGGCAAACCCAAGAAGAAGAAACUCAAACUCAACCUGGACAAGAACCGGGAGAUGAAGCAGCUGGCCAAACGGUUAGCCAAGGAGGAGAAGGAGAGGAAGAGAAAGGAGAAGGCAGCGGCCAAGGCAGAGGCCAUCAGGGAGGGGCUGGAGAAGAGGAAGGAGAAGAAGAUUCUCGACAUUCCCUCCAAGUACGACUGGUCCGGGGCUGAGGACUCCAACGAUGAGAACGCUGUGUGUGCAGCCAAGAACUGCCAGAGACCCUGUAAAGAUAAGGUGGACUGGGUGCAGUGUGACGGCGGCUGCGAUGAGUGGUUCCACCAGGUGUGCGUGGGCGUGUCGUGCGAAAUGGCCGAGAACGAGGACUACAUCUGCGUGGACUGCUCCCGUAAGGCCGCCGGGGCGAGCGGGGGUGGCGGAGGAAUGUCCGUGGAGGAGGUGGCGGAGGAGAGCGUCGUAGUGCUGGCGGCGUCAUUGUGCGCUGGCGGCAUGCAGAGCUUGCCAUCGUCGUCUGUCGUGGCCGCGUGGUCUCACACAUCCUCCGCCUCUCAUCUAAACCCAGCAACUUCACAUCAGCAGCAGCAAGAGCCUCAGCAGGGCAGUUAGCGCUAAAAAAAAAAACAGCUUAGGACUGAGUUUGAAUACUGUACCUCACACAAUGAGCAUAACACAAAACCUAGUAUCCACGCUAGCGUUUCAGACUCUCAACCUGUAAGACUGUACAGCAUCUGAGUGACAGAAUAGCCCUUUAUGAAUGGAAGAAGAGGGACAAAUCUGGGGAAUUUCUAUCUGGAUUAGAGAGCACAAGAAAAAAACAGAACUUGCAUCUGGAAGACAGAGAAGAGAAGAUUCCUACCGUCACCGUGUGGCUUUAGCAACGACAUGUUCUCUCUCCGAGCGCUAAGAUAUGUUGGAAAGGUUAAGUACAGUACACAGAGAAGACUUAGUCUUCCUACAACAGUUUUAGGUCUAGAAGCAUCCACCAGCUACUUCCUGGCCCUCCCCUGAACAAUAACAAGUCAUUGGUACACUUACAUACAGUCAAACAAACACCCACUUACUCCAGCUGUUGUAUUCAGUGCAAACAGGCAAAUAAACAGUCCCCAGUCGUGUUUUACUGGACAUCCUGAUCCGCUCCCCUCUGCCCUCUGCCUGUCUCUUCAGACAGUAACAUCUCAAUAUGUAGGACUCCAGACUAGGAAACACAAAUGGUUGUAAUGUAGUGGAAUUAUUUAUAAUGUACAUACUUUUAAGCAAUUAAACAAAUGGAUUGUGGCUUUUUUGUUUUGUUUUUCUCACCUUUAAUAAACUGUUCCUAGUCAAAUGAUUAA